AUGCACAAAUGCCAAGUGGACCUGGAGGAAUCAAGACAGAAGAACAAAAGACAAACAGAGAAAAUAAAACUUUUAGAAGCGAGAACUGAAGAAUUUAGAAAUGAAAUAAGCGAAUUAAUCAAAGUCAAAGAAAGACUAACAGAACAAAACGGGUUUUUUGAAAAAUCUUACGAGAAAAAGAAACAGGAAAACCACGAACUUUCAAAGAAGUUAAACCAAGCAGAAACGCAAAUAGGUGAUUGUGAUAGUGUUCUGAACACAGUUCGCAAUUUGGAGUCAAAAAACGAGAUUUUGCGCGAUAGAAUGUCGAGCGUUUUGUUAAGUACUGAAGAAGAAGUAGCCAAAGUAAGAACGGAGCAAGAACGUUACACCAAACUGAUAGCAGAAACGAGUGAGCUUAAUAAGCAAAAUACAAAAAUACAUAGCGAAGUUUCUAAAGCAAAAAAAACCGAGCAACAGCAUCUUGUUGAAGCAAAGCAAUUCGUUGAGACGUCAGAGCAAUUAUGUCAAGAAAUUUCAAAAACUCUGGAAGAAAUAUGUCAAUCCAAACAAAAGUUUGUAAACCAUGAUGAACAAGUAAAAGAUUCAUGGCAAAAGUGCAAUUUACUGCAAAAAGAAAACAACGAUCUUUGCCAAAAAAUAGAGAGUUUAGAAAAGGAGCUGACAGAACAGAGAGACGAAAACGUUAGCUUGAAAGAAUACGUUGCUAAAUUGGAAGAAGAAAAAGUUGAAUUCGAAAAUGAAAUUGAAUUAUUGCAAAUUACCUUACAAGAAAAAGAUGAAAUGAGUAACAACAAAACCUUGCAAGAAGCCGAAAAAAAGAAAGCGUACGAAGAUUUAGAGCAGCAACUCAAAGUUCUUGUAAAAAAUUACGGUGAGGCAACAGAACAGCUAAGCCUGCUCAAGGAGAGUGUAAACGAAAGCAAAAACCUGCUCAAGGCAAACAUUGAGAAGGAGGAAAACGAAGAUUUGAAAGAACUUCGCGAAAAGGAAGAUGAAAAGAUCGAUCAGGAAAAGUUUGAAUUGUUUGUUGAUAUACAAAAGAUACUGCAGCAAUCUGAUAUCAGAGACGAGGAAUUAUCGAGUUUGGAAAGUAUCGUAGGAAUUGACUAUGAUGUAAACAAAAGCAAUCGCGGAAGUUUAUCGGGCAUGGGAUCCUGCCUACGCAGUCUUUUUGCAAUCAAAGAUAAACAACUGAACGAUUUAGUUGUGCAGCGUGACACGCUAAGUCAGGAGUUAACGGAACUGAAGAGGUCGGAAUAUCGUCUGUCGUACCAAAUGAGCGAGUUGAAAAAAGAAAACGAUUUGACUCUAGUGAAGAUGGAGUCAUGUCAAGAAAAAUAUCAAAAAACAAAGGAAGAAAAGGAGGAAAUGCGACAAAAUCUUUUAAAGAAGAACGCAGCGGACAAGAUUACUCAGUCCUACAUUGAGAAGUUAAAGCUUGAGAAUGAAAAGUGUAAAGCUGACAUAGAGUCGCUGGAAUUGAAGCUAAAACAAGAAGUUCAAGCAGUAAAAGAAGAAUUGCACGAAAGGAUUGCAAAGAAGGACGCUUCGAUGGAAACACUCCAUGAAAAAAUCGCCUUGUGUCAACAUGAGCGUGACGCCCUAAAACAACAACUGAGCUCUCGCCAAAAGAGAGAUGAUGCAAUCAAAGAACAAAUUUUUUUGUUAUUUGAAAACUGA